UGUGUCUCUGCUUAGUUCAUGUCUGGAUCAGUUCAAUGCGGGGACCACCACAGUGGCUCUGAAACUAUUACAUUCUUCUCAUGCAGGCACCGCCUGUACCUCUGACACCCCCAGCACCUACAGUCCUUUCAGCUCCUUCAGUUUCUUCAGUUACAAACGAGUCUGCGCAGGAAGCAAAGACUGGAGGAAAGAGUUCUCCAUCAAGCAGCAUGAACAAGAGGGAGAAGAAAAUGACCAGUUCUCUUCAGCCUUCUGGGGAGGUGGUGUCAGGAAAGGAGGGGGGCCCCGUGGACAAACUAUCCAGACUCCAGCACGAGGUGUUCACGCUCACUGAGGAGCUCAAGUCACAAAACUUAUAUGUUUGGUUUGGGUGACUGAAGUAUAUUUAAGCACAUAAAAACUGAUAACUGAGUUAUUAAAGAAUAUGUCUUGUGAGGCACUUGUACAAUGAAUGAUUGAACCUUAUAAAUGUUUCCCAUAGUAAAAUCAUAAAGCAUAGUGGUACAGCAUAGGUCAGCAUUGUAAAGACCAGCUAGGUAUGGUAAAGCAUAUUAAUAAACAUGGAAAGCCACGGUACACUGUGGAAAAAUAACAGUCUAAUCACGGGGAAAGCAUGGGAAAACUGUAAAAAAUACUGUGCAAAAACACAGUGGUAAACCUUUAUAAAGUUGUAUGAUAGUAUUUAAAUAUGAUGUUGUAUCUAUAAUAAGCAUGGUAUGAAUGAACAUAAGACAGAAACAGUGGAUUUAGUCAAGCAGUUACACAAAGUAAUACAAACUCAAAUCCAAGACCAGCAACAAUUUUGCCUAAACUGAUUAAAGUACUGAUCUACUGUAUUUACUGUGUGAUGUCUUAACUCUUUUUCUAUACAAGUCAGAAACCUGCAUGCUGACCACAAAUUGGUUGCUUUACUGUGCAUUUUCUUUCCUCUUUGGCUAAGGUGUCACUGGGUGUGAAGGCAAACACAUUUAGCAGAAUAACUCAUGCAUUACCUAACAGUAGAGAGCUUUUUAAAAGUGUGAUAACUGUAUUGCUGAUAAUCCAAAUUGUUAUAAACAUGGUGGUAUGAUGUUCUAUAGUAGCUGUGUAUGUAAAAUAUGGUUGAAGGGCACUUUUGAAACAGUGAAGAGAGUCUGUUGUUGCUUCAUUGUCUGUAACUGAAACUCUUGUGCUGUACUACUGUUCCUAUGAAUCCAUAAAGGUUACAAUGUAGAAUUUUUUUUAUUAUUUUGUCAUCAACACAUACAGUACAAGUGUAUUAAAAUACAAAAUCUCUGGGGCCCUCGAGGGGCUCAGCUGGUAAAGGCAUGAGUGCAUGGUGUGCAGGGUGAGUCAGGAAGUCAAGGGUAAUUUUGUGCCCUGUGCAGGGACUGUUUCUGCAGGGCUAGAUCUAAACAGUCACAAUAGAGCUCCUGAAUGCAAUUCUGUGUUUUCGCUCAUGACUCCUCUGUAUCUCAUGAUGAUAAAAAGACAGCUUACAUUUUUGCCUGUAUGGUCACAAAACUUCCUUUUACAUUUUUAUGAGCUUCAAUAAGCAUAUUUUAUUGCUUCCCAAACAUAAACUUUAAUCUUGCAUCGCCGCCUUCUUGUUUCCUGUUAGUAACCCAUACGACUUUUUACGCGGUGCUCAAAUGCACCUGAUCUGCAACAUGCAAGAGUUUGUAGCUAACUGUAUAUUUGAUCUAAAAUUAGACCAACAGACACAAUCUUUAUUUGUGCACAGAAUUUAUUGUGCAUGUGCAUUUUGACUUAUUUUAUCAUUAGUUUUUUGUGUCUUGAUUAAAGACACGGUUAUCCUGGACCUUAUGAAACCACUUUACAAGACACCAUUGCUCCUUAUUAUUGUAAUACUGGGACAGUAUUUCCAGUGUUUGGUACUUUUAUUGCAUUAUCAUUGUUUUCUUCUUUCAGAGUACAAAGAACAGAGCUGCAAAAACAAGGUCUUUUUUGAGCCUGUUAAAAACACACAAGUUAAGCUGAUCUCCUGAAUGGUUUGAAAAAUGACCACCAGCAGGCAGUGUGCAGAAUUUUCAGUCAUUUUGCUGGUCUUUUGUAAAAACACUUCACUGAAUUCAUCUUUUAUAAUUGGUUAAAAAAAGGACAUUGUUAUUAAAAUAGUAGGCUGUGUGGUCCAGUGGUUAAAGAAAAGGGCUUGUAAUCAGGAGGUCCCCGGCUCAGAUUCCAGUUCAUCCACUGACUCAUUGUGUGACCCUGAGCAAGUCACUUAACCUCCUUAUGCUCCGUCUUUCAGGUGGGACGUUGUUGUAAGUGACUCUGCAGCUGAUGUAUAGUUCACACACCCUAGUCUCUGAGCUGGUGCGACUCCUUCACAAGGCCCUGGAGGCAGCACAGCAGGAGAAGAGGACCAGCAAACAGUUCCUGGCAGCAGCAGGGGAGCAGGAGCGGCUGGAGCUGGUGCGGCACAAAGAGAGGUGUAUCGCGGACCUGGACGGCCGCCUGGAGGCCCUGCUCAAAGACAAGGAGGAGCUGGAGCAGCGGCUGGCCAUGCAGGACUGCCAAGUGAAUGAGCUGCAGCAGCACGUGCAGCUCAUGAUGGAGAAGAACAACGCCAAGCAGGAAGUCAUCCUCAAGCUCUCCGAGCAGGUGGCCGCCUGCAUGGCUGACCCCCAGCGUACUGUAGCCAACUCCAUGGGCACAGAGACCUUCUGCAGGCUGCAGGAGAAGAUUGAGCACCUCAAGGACGAUAUAGAGGCGCACAAGAUCCAAAACAAGUUCCUCAACUCUGAAAUCUACCAGCUUACUAAGCUGUGGAGGAACAGUUCAGAAGAGGAGAAGGGCCUCCUGAUGAAGUGUGCCUACCUGGAGGCCAAAAACUGCCAGAUUGAGAGCAAGUACCUGGUCGUGCUGCGCAGGCUGCAGGAGAGCAAAGGGCUGGACAGCAGUCAGCAGGAGAUGGUGAAAAGGCUCAUUGAGGACGCACUGCAGGGAGACAAGAAGGAUGUCUUUAAACUCAACCCUGUCAGUGAAUACGACGACUAUGGAUUCAAGACCAUUCCUGAUUAUGAAGUAGAGGACGUGAAGCUCCUGGCCAAAAUCCAGGCCCUGGAGAUCCGUUCCAACAACCUGCGCAACAAUGAGAUGGUGGACAAGCCCUUGCGGACCAGGUGGGCUAACUACCUGGCCAGCCGUCCCUUGGACCAGCUGGCUCCCUCCCCGGAGCUGAAAGGCCUGAUCCGGUGUGGGAUCCCUGUGGAGUACCGGGAGCAGGUGUGGCGCUGGAUCGUGAGGACACGGACGCAGGUCUAUAGGAAGCGGAAUCCCAAUCGCUACCAGGAGCUGAGGAAGCACUGCGAGGUGUCGGAGCACCCGGCCUCGCGGCAGAUCAGGCUGGACCUGCACCGCACCCUCACCAGCAAUAAGCACUUCUCCUCACCCACCUCCGACGCAGUCCAAAAGCUGCAGCGCAUUCUGCUAGCUUUCUCCUGGCAAAACCCCACCAUCGGCUACUGCCAGGGCCUCAACCGGUUGGCAGCUAUUGCACUUUUAGUUCUGAAGGAUGAAGAGGAUGCCUUCUGGUGUCUGGUGGCUGUUGUUGAAAUCAUAAUGCCACAAGACUACUACAGCAAAACCCUCACUGCCUCUCAAGCUGAUCAGAGGGUGUUCCGUGACUUUCUUGCUGAGAAGAUGCCUCGCCUGACAGCCCACUUCAAGGAGCACAGCAUCGAUCAUUCCCUCAUCACCUUCAACUGGUUCCUGGUGGUCUUCGUGGAAAGCCUGGUCAGCGACAUCCUGCUCAGAGUGUGGGACGCUUUCCUCUAUGAGGGCACAAAGGUGAUAUUUCGCUAUGCACUGGCCCUCUUUAAGUACAAUGAAGAGGACAUUCUAAAAAUUCACGACAAUCUGGAAAUCUACCAAUACCUCCGUUUUUUCACCAAAACUAUCUCUGAUGGCAGGAAACUAAUGACCAUAGCGUUUAAUGAUAUGAACCCCUUCCCUAUGAAGCUGCUGAAGAACAGACGAGAGUUUCACAUGGAGAGGCUGACAGCCGAGCUGCAGGAGCUGGAGAGAAUACAGGAGGAGUUUGUGAAAGAACAACAAGUGGAGCGCAAAGACAAGGACCUGGACACUGCUGUCAGCGAAGACGAAGAAAACUGUGUGGGGCUCCCGAGAGGCGCAUCCAGUAAAGGCGCUCCACGUGGAGUGCAGGAUGUGCCCUAUAGGCUGGACGUCGCGAGUUCGAGUCCAGGCUAUUCCUUUGCCGACCGAGGACAGGAGCUUCCAGGGGGCGACGCUCAAUCGGCCAGGGCGUCAUCAGCUCACCGCGCACCAGCGACCCCUGUAGUCUGGCCGGGCGCCUGCAGCUGAGACCAUUCGCUCAGCUUCACCAAUCCACACCUCUCUGUCUGUUUAUUUCCUGCUUCUGGUCUGACACCACCCACUCCGGCCGUCUUUGUGACAUUCACCUGUUCAGAACAUGAUACUGAAUUUGCCUGCAUGGCCUUGUAACCUGAUAGUAUUCUGAAAUAACUACAGCAUACAUUGUGUAAGUUUCAGUUUCGUAUUAGCUGAUAAGCAUCUGAAACAUUGCAAAGUGUGUGCAUGAUGUGCAAUAAAAUGUGUCCCACAAUCAUGUUCAGUGUUGCACAAAAAUAUGAUUCCUACUACAUCAUUCAAUUGUUUAUCCUGCUGUGCACUCUAGUUCAUCAAACACUGUUGGAUUACCAUUUUUUAACAUUAUCUUAGGAGGCAUUCAAGGUUCCUCCCUCAUUACAUUUUUUCUGGUCACUUUAGCACUAUGUGAACUUAGCAGCCAUCAUCCUGCACAGGACCAAUAUGUUAACUUCAGGACAGGUGUUGUAAACUCUGCUCUGCCUGGACAUUGAUUCACAUUAUAACGCAUAUGGCUGUAUGUGUAUUAGGACUAUUGCAGAGUAUACAAUGGCAUCUACUGUGUGUCUAUCACGUGCUUUGUAAGGUGCUUCAUUGCACCUACGUUUUGUAAGCUAACAAAAUGACCAUGAGUGAAAAAUCUUGCUUUGCAAUAAUUUGCCAUUGUUCAUAAAGCAUGCUUUUUAAAUUGAAAUUGGUACCUUUUAAUAUUCGUGAAAUAUAAUUUUGUUGAAAAUCCAUCAAAACAAAAUUCAAAUAAAAUAUUGAAGAGGAAGUGAUAUUGUGACAUAAUAUACACUAUUAUUAUUUAUUUCUUUCUUAGCAGACGCCCUUAUCCAGGGCGACUUACAAUUGUUACAAGAUAUCACAUUAUUUUUUACAUACAAUUACCCAUUUAUACAGGUGGGUUUCUACUGGAGCAAUCUAUGUAAAGUACCUUGCUCAAGGGUACAGCAGCAUGUGUCCCCCACCGGUCAACAGUCCAGAGCCCUAACCACUCCUCCACACU